CGAAAACAAGGAUUCGUUUUCGAACGCUCAAUGGUACGUGAAAACUUGAAGAAUAUGUGCACGUUUAUUAAUGAAAUGCGUGUCAUGGAAAUUCACAAAACCAUCAUGGGUAUGUAGGUUUUAUUGGUUGAACGCAGAAUAUUUCUGUGGUUUUAUUUUAAACAACUCUUAAGUUCGUAGAGUUCCGAUAUCGUUUUUUAGAAGGAGGACGAAAUUUAUGAAGCAAACAAGAAAGAAGCUACACGAAUGGUUGACUAUAUUUACCUCUUGCGUGUGUGUUUGCAUAAGAUACCCCAAAUAGGAUGUGUGGCGAUGGCAUGAAUAGAAAGAAGAGAAAACAAAAGAGAAAAAAAAUAAAGCUAUUGCGCUCAAUCGUAAUGGCUCAGUCUCUGUCCAACCUCGGAUAGCAUUUGAAUACUCGUCCUCAUCGUUAUACCAGUGUCAAUUUUUCAGUUUAUUCUUCGACCACCAUUCGAACGAUGCGUCAAGCAUUUCUCUUAUUGUUUGGUUUCUGCCUUGUGAUCUCCUUUACCUCUACAGGUUCUACUACGUACUUGAAAGGCAGAGACAUGUUGAGAAAGGCGGUGCAGGAAACGCCAGUAAAUGCAAACGGGGUUACAGAAAACACUGGACCUUAUCGACAUUCCCAAAAAGAAAAAACUAAAAACCGGAAAAAUGCAAAUGUCGUUCCGCCACCGCCGAUUACUGUCCGCCCGCUAUACAUUUCACGUCGCAGUACCAGCACCAUCCGUCCGUCCAAUUCAUUCAUUGAUUGGUCUGAACACGAUGCUGAUACGUGCGGUGGCAGCGUCAAUGUUCCAUUGACAUUCGACCGCAUUUCACUCUUCGAAUCGUCACAAUUCCUAGAAGGACGCGACUAUCCUCUCCUGUGCACCUGGAAUGUUAAGGCGAGCAAAAGCUGCGGUCUGGCUCGAAUCACCAUGAGAAUUGAUGGACGCAGUCGACUGCCAGAUGUGAGAGGAUGUGCCGACGGUUAUUACGCGGUUUAUCCGUUCAUGAAACAAGUCAGAAUCUGUGGCCGCAUUGGAGAUGUUCCGCCUCUCCAGUGGUACGUCGACACUCAACAGCCAAAAAAUGUAACCAUCAUCAUGGAGAACAUCGGUCUUGAUGACGGCCUUCCGGAGGGCUUGUCCUUUACUCUUCAAGGCGAGUGUAUCGACGAUGAAUCCGAUGAAGAAAUCACGAAUGUUGACAAGGAAAACGAACGUUUGAAAGGACGAUGGAUGAAGCGACUCGUGGAGGAUUUUGAAAGAGGAGAAGGUCCCAGAGUGGUUAAAUUAGCAAAUCCUAAACGUCGCACAACCACUUUGCCCUCUACCGAACCUGUUUCAAGUGCCGAAGCAACCACUGGUCACCCAAUUACCACAACUCCUGAUUAUCCUUCAACAACAGCCACUGAUUAUCCUUCAACAACAACCACUGAUUAUCCUUCAACAACAACCAUUGGUCAUCCUUCAACAAAAACAAGACAGACACUCUCGUACGAUGAUUCUGGCAUCCCGUGGCUCAUCUUGAAAUCUCCCGACCCUAGUCCGUCUUCAAUAGAAGUCUCCUCGCCUAUUAGACGCCUCCAUGAAUCAGCCAUAACCAGUCGCCCGAUAUCCCCCACUACCGCACGUCCACUUCAUGCUUCCAAACAUCGUCCUCGGAUCAUUCCCAAAUAUCCACAUACUGACGUCCACAUAACCUCAACAUCUUCUUAUGUUGUUAACCCAGAACAAAGUAAACCAGUGGCUCAUAAAAUCCGGCCGGUAGAUACUUCUGUCACGGGUUACAGCAACUAUUCCAACAUCCCAUGGGUCAUCCUAAAAUCACCCGAUGUCAUCGUUUCCAUGUCCACAUCCCUUCCAUAUUCUCCAAACUAUCCAUCCACAACAAUGCCUCCCACGACAUAUGAAACUAUUGCACCAACAGCCACCCAAUUCCCAUCGUCCAAUGUCCCUAUUAUUGUCCGUACAUUGCCAACUACUCAACCGACAACCCAACCAACAACGACGAGCACAGUUGCUCCCACAACGACGACUGAACCUCCAAGAACAACGACUGAAUUUCCAACAACCACAACUAUUGACGUUGAGACUACAUCGCCGACCAGCACGCCACAGCCCAUCACGCCCAGUCACGAGACAUCGUUCUAUCCUUCACUCAACACCCAACCACCAACGUAUUUAAUUCAUCCGCACACGCCUGCAACGACAGAGUCCAUCACUACAAUUCCAGCGGCUGUCGAUGACGCAUCGAUUUCUUAUAUAAGUUUAAACGGUCAGAAAUUUAUAUUUAACAAAUUGCAACGUAAGUUUCAACGUACGUUCUCUAAAUUAAAGCAAUUAGCGUCAUCUUAAAUAUUAUUAAAAUGUGUUGCUUUUCAAGUGAAAUGUCAAUGUAUAUUUUUAAUUAAUUGGUACCAUUUACUCUGUCAACUUCUGACGGGCAUUUGGCCAAUUCACUGAUACCCCUAGUCCUCGGUAACAUAUUCAGAGGAAUGGGAAGUAAGUGAAACAAUUAUUUCGGAAUCUGUGCGCCGAUGUGAUGAGGAAAAUUGUAUUUUAAUGCUCUCAUAUCGCACGCCCCAUUUAUUUGAAUAAAA